AUGUCAGAUAAUCAAAAUCAAGAAGAAUUAGAAGGUCUUGCAAAGUUGGAGUCAUACAAUAUUAGAAAACUUGAUCAUAAAGUUGGAGGAUAUUUUUCAAAUGUCCGUACAAUGACUUCAUUGGGUCCAUUAGACUUAAUGGAAUUAUGGCAUGUGUUUGGUGCAGGCAGGGAAUGUAAAUUUAUGGCCAUCAAUAUAAAAACAGGAGAUUUGAAAUACAAGUCUGGUAAAAUUUACUGUCUUGGGUUUGAAGAGGAUUCACCUUUAUUAGAAUUAAGUAUAAACCCUCAUAAGGGUAGUUUGGAUUUAAUUAUUUGUGCAAAUCAACAAGUUUUUGCUAGAAAUGGAACAAAAAUAGAUGACAGUAGAUACAAUCAAAAACUUGAUUUCACUUUGUUGGAUGAUGCUUAUCAUUUACCCUUUUAUAAGGAUCGAGUAUUGGUACCAGAAAUCUAUUUUAGAGCUCAGAGCAUUAUCAGGGGUGCCACAGAAAAUGAAGAAGCUGCUGAAGCCUUACGUCGGUGGAUAGAAAUUCUCGGUAUUGAUAUUUCUUUGACACAAACAUUUAUUAACUUGCUUGGUUGUUUUUGCAAAUAUGGUAAUAUAUAUGCAAAUAAAAUUGUGGUUAGUGGAAAUUCUAAAGAAUUUCUUAAAGCUUUGUUCAAUAAGUUGGGUUUUAGUUAUAAACAUCUGGGUAACGAUUUACUUUUAUCAGCCUUUGAUGAGAAGAAUAAGAUUCUUAUUGAUUACUUUAGACAUUUAUUUAGAAUUAAUGCUGAAAAUCAAGUUGCUUCUGUUACUGGUGGAAAGGCCAGAUUGAUACCGGAACUUAUUUUCAAGUUGGAUAAAGUAGCUGCUUAUUCAUUCUUACUGGGUAUGGGUUGUAACAAUGAUGAUUACAAGGAGAAGAUUGAUAUAACCACAAAUCAUACUAUGCUAGUUGAUCAUAUUCAAAGAUUGGGAGCUCACGCAGGAGUUUUUUAUUCCGUGCGCAAUACCCCUAAAUUUUGGAGAAUUACCAUAUAUUUUGAGUUAAAGGAAAACUCAUUUCCAAUCUUUACCCCGGAUAGGAUCAAAAAAAUAAUGGUGAAAGAAAAUUUCAUAUACUCAAUAAAGUUUGAUCAAGAAGAUGAAUUUGAUCAUUUAUUGGUUAAUUCAGCCUUUAGGGAUGAAGAAACACUUUUGUUUACAAGAAUGGAUAGACCAGUCUUAUUAAAAAGUUAUAGUGACGGUCAUCAUUCAAAAUCCUGA